CUCGCGCUCCGCACACUGCCACUCAUGCUCGCGCCGCAUUUACGCACUCUCGAAUUCACGAAAAUGAAGGACAACAACUAAAAAACUACUUUCUCCAAAAAAUUAUGAUUCAGCCCAAACGUGUAUUCGGUUUAAUAACCCAACUUAUACAUCAAGACGACAGUUUAUCAACUUCAACUUGUUGCUAAAGGUGCACGUUUCGUAACUUCUCCGGCUUGCUUCUAAAGUCUCAGUACGAACGUAACAAUAUUUUAUAUUACAUUAUACAAUACAUUUACGUUUUCUGUAAUAUUAUUUUUCGUGCAAUGUUAAUAUAAACAGUAUUUAAAAAUAUAUACAGGGUGUAUCUGAAUGGGUGUAUCUGUACAAACUUUGGGAAUAAGUUCUAGGGAUCUAAACAAGCAGAAUAUGUUUCAUGGAGUCAAAAACACUUGCUUUUGGAGUUACGACGGUUCGAAAUUUUCCUGCAAUAGUUGGAGAAAUUAUGACGUUAAAUCGCACAGGAGUUACAAACUGUGUUUAUUUAUUUCCUCGGUUUUACCACGUACAUAACAGGACACUUGCUACAGUAAAUGCUCGCAAUGUCCUCCGUUAUAGAUUCCAAGGAAGUCUGCGUACAUGUUUACUUAUUUACCCGCUUAGCAUUUUUUUCUGAAUUCCUCAUCAGUCAGUGCGGUGACGUGCGCAAACUUCCUUGAAGUAAGUGAAUACAGUUUGUAAGUCCUAUGCGAUUUGACGUGAUAAUUUUUCCAGUCAUUGCAGGAAAACUUCGUACCGUCGCGUCGUAACUCCAGAAGCAAGCGUUUCCGACCCCAUGUUCAUGGGACGUUUUCUGCUUGUAAAUGUGUUUCUGGAACUUAUUCUCAAAGCAACCAUGAUAAAAAUACAUAAUAUCUUGCUCCUUCUAGCGGAGAUAUUUAUGCUUAUCUUGAAAGUUCUAUAUUAUAUUUGCAAAGGUGUAUACAAAUUGGUCGUGCCAAAUAAGAAAAAGAGCGUAGCCGGUGAAAUCGUUUUGGUAACAGGCGCAGGUCAUGGCAUCGGAAAAGAAUUAGCGAUUAAGUAUGCAUCGUUAGGAGCAACAGUAGUAUGUUGGGAUAUUAAUGAAGAAACCAACAAUGAGACAAUGAAUGAUAUUAAAAACAUGGGAAAAAACUCUGUAUAUGCGUAUCGAUGUGACGUAGCAGAUAGGGAAGAGGUCUUUCGGGUAGCCGAGAAAGUAAAAAAAGAAGUAGGUGACGUUACUAUCCUGGUCAACAAUGCUGGUAUAGCGUUUGUUAAAUCAUUCUUGAAUCACAGUCUCGAUGAAAUCAAACGAGUUAUAGACGUCAAUGUGACAGCGCAUUAUUGGACAUUGAAAGCAUUCUUACCAAGUAUGAUCAAAAAGAAUUACGGUCAUAUUGUAGCACUUUCAUCAGUAGCAGGACUUGUUGGCGCUCCUUAUGGAACGGUUUACUGUCCUACAAAAUUCGCAGUCAAAGCAAUAAUGGAAGCUAUGUCUGAAGAAUUAAAUGAAUUAAGUAACGGAAAAUCCUCUGUUAAAUUCACUACUGUUUAUCCGGCUCUCGUACUUACUGGACUGAGUAAAAAGCCUAAAAUUAGAUUCCCACGAUUAAUGGGAGGACUUUUACCGCAAGACGUGGCUUCGUCAAUAAUUGAUGCGCAAAGACGAAAUUACAAAAACAAAAGUAUACCUUCACAUUGGCUAUCCUUAUCUACGAUAUUAAGACAUUUACCAGACGAAGCAUUAAGAUGCAUACUAGUCUUCUUCGAUACAGGAGUUUAUCCAGAAGAUUAAAAAUAUCUGUAAAAUUUAUAAAUUUUAUGAUAUAUUAUAUAUAGUUUAUUAUUAUAUUAGAAGGUAC